AUGCAAAUAGCUAAGCCAAUUAUUUAUGGAACAAUAGCAACUUGGCUUGGAAGAAGAUCGGAUGAAAAGAAAACACACUCAUGGAUUUGCUAUGUUAGGGGGGCUAAUAAUGAGGACUUAUCCUAUUUCAUUGAUAAAGUGAUAUUUGUAUUACAUAGUUCAUUUGAAAAUACAAACAGAGUUGUAUCUCAACAUCCAUUUGUAAUUGCUGAAACAGGUUGGGGCUAAUUUGAUAUCAUAAUAAAAGUAUAUUUGAAAGGAGAUUAUGAUCAACCAUUGAUUGCAGUGCAUCCAUUAAAAUUAUAUUAAAACUAAACACAAAAUAUCCCAUUAACAAAAAAACCUGUUGUAAGUGAAUAAUACGAUGAAAUUGUCUUUAUUAACCCUAAGCCUGAACUCUUAGAAAUAUUAAAUGCCAAGCCUAACUAAGAAAAUAAUUAAGUAGAAGAGGAAGUUCAAGUUGAUUAAAAAGAGCCUGAUUUUGAACAAAUGACUCCUGCUUAAAUAUUAAAAUACAAUCAACCCAAUUUCACAGUGUUUGACAUAAAUGAAUCUAAGGCAACAAUUGAAAAGGCUAUUUAAAUUGUAAGUCAAGACAUAUUAGCUGAUUAUAAAAGAAAAAAUCAUCAAUUAGACACAGAAAUCUAAGAAUUGUAAAUUGAAUAUGAAAAUUUGCAAAACAAAUUAUCCCAAACACAAUAAUGA